AAGAGUUUUGCCUCUGUAACUGAGGUCUGCUGAUCGGAAACUUUUCAACAAACCUGGCAACGAGAUAAAUGGGACUAAAUGAUCUCUUACCACUUUUUGCUGUUACCAGUGAUCUGUACUGGGCGCAUGUCGAAAGACUGAGUGCGGUAGCUUCAAGUAAAUAUUGCAGUUAUAACAACGAUUAUAAUUCUCCUGAGAUUGAUCAGUGGAAGGAAUGCUGCAAGAUGUUAAAUGCAACACAUGCUGGAGAAUGUUCCCAAUCAAGUUCUCUUACACACACACACUCUGAAGAAACGCCAGCUGAAGUUUCGGGUGCUAGACCCCGACAAGAUUUGGGUGCUAGACCACGAGAAGAAAAACAAGAUAAAGUGACACUUAAAAUUUAUUUGAGCAAUGGCAAUUUCAAUAUUGUUAAGUUCGGAAGAUUUUCUUCAGUCAAGGAUGUUAUGCAUGUAGUUACAAAUAGACUCGCUGACAGCCCUCUGCCUUUUGAAUCAAUCUAUGGAAUGCGACUUGUUCACCUUGCAUCAAAUGAGUUUCAUUGGUUGUGUUUGGAGCAAGGCAUGUUCAAAGUUCUGCACAUGCGCAACUAUCAUCCCCCUGAGGAGUGGAAGUAUGAAUUAAGAGUUAGAAUCGUUCCUAAAGAUUUACGAGAUUUAUAUGAGAAAGACAAAGUGACCUUCUUGUACUUUUAUGAACAAGUAAAGAAUGAUUAUCUGAGCUUAAGUACAAAUGUUGAUCAAGAACUGGCUAUAAAUUUAUGCUGCAUAGAGAUAAGGAGGUAUUUUAAAGACAUGACACAUGUUGCAUUAUAUAAGAAGAGUAAUUUCGAAUUUUUAGAGAAAGACGUUGGCCUUCAUAAGUUUCUUCCAUCAUCUGUGAUUACUAACAAUAAACCCAAAGCACUCCGCAAAAUUAUUCAAACUCAGUUUAAAAGGUUUGCUUCAUUGUCAGAAGUGGAUUGCAUGUUCAAAUUCCUGGAAUUAGUUCAUUCAGUUGUGCAAUAUGAUAGAGAAAAGUUUAAAUGUGCCUUAGGAAUGGGAUGGAGUGUUCCGAUUGAGCUUGUUGUUGGUAUUGAUACUGGGAUAAGCUUCAUGACUGAUCCUAAUUCAGAGCCUACUCACCUGGCAAAAUUUGAAACUGUUAAAAGUAUAUAUACAGCAUCAGCUUAUGGAGCACCUCCUAAGCUGAAACCUCAAAUUAACAUAGAAAUUGAUGGUGCUGAUGAAUUAUUGACUAUAACCUGCUCUUCAGAGUCUCUUUUGGACAGUAUUGCAAGUUUAAUUGAUGGUUAUUGCAAAUUAGUUCAAAAAACAUCAACUCCAUUUUGGGAAAUUCAACCUUUUAACCGUCGCCCAAGCAAUAGACGUGGGGGAAGAUCAAAGAAAUCAAAUAAUUCAGCAAGUCCUACUGGAGGUGAUUAUGCUGAAAUAGUUGAAGAUGAAGGAGAUUAUUCCACUCCUGUUGUUAAAGAUUAUGAACUAUUAAGAACUGAUAUACUACUUGGUGAAAUAAUUGGAGAUGGUCAAUUUGGUGAUGUACAUAAAGGUACCUUUAUAGACAAGAAUGGCCUUCCACUGUCAGUUGCUGUUAAAACGUGUAAAGUUGAAAGUGAAGAAUCGAUGGGAGAAAAAUUUCUGGAAGAAGCAUAUAUAAUGCAACAAUUUGAUCAUCCUCACAUCAUUAAGCUUAUGGGAAUAUGUUCUGAUUCUCCAAUAUGGAUUGUCAUGGAACUAGCAAAACAUGGAGAGAUGCGAGCUUAUCUUCAAGAUAAUAAAGAAAAAUUGGAUAUGGUCAUUUUAAUGUCAUAUGCAUUCCAGUUAAGUACUGCUUUGUCAUAUUUAGAAAGUAGAAAAUUUGUCCACAGAGACAUAGCAGCAAGGAAUGUUCUAGUAUCUUCUCAUGACUGUGUGAAAUUGGGGGACUUUGGUAUGUCCCGUUGGGUUGAAGAUCAUUAUUAUAAGGCGUCUAAAGGAAAACUCCCUAUCAAAUGGAUGGCUCCAGAAUCUAUCAAUUUCAGAAGGUUCACUACUGCAAGUGACGUGUGGAUGUUUGGUGUUUGCAUGUGGGAAAUUUUAAUGUACGGUGUAAAACCAUUUCAAGGCAUAAAAAACAAUGACGUUAUUGGAAGGAUUGAAAAUGGAGAACGAUUACCUUUGCCUCCUAAGUGUCCACCUCAUCUUUAUAACUUAAUGUCCUUGUGUUGGGCAUAUGAACCGUCCAAGCGUCCAACAUUUAAAGAAAUCCGCUGUGCAUUAGGACAAAUUUUAGAAGAAGAAAAAUCUCAGCAAGCCGAAGUUUCCAGAAGAGAAAAUCGUCGUAUUCAAGCCAUGUCUUGGGGCUCUUCAGGCUCUGAUGAACCACCGCCAAAGCCAUCUCGUCUACCUCUUGACCGGAACAGCAUUUCAAGCUCCCCUCCAGCUCUAUAUAAUCUAGUCCAUUCCACAAAUUUCUUAUUAGAUAAUGAAGGGCUUUACAUGGAAUCAAAUGACAACUCUUCAACUCAAACUUCUUUUACAGUUCCUGUACAGUGUAGUAUUAAUAAGGAGUCUAAUCAAGAUUCAGUGAGUGGAAAUUUAGAGAAAAACUUUUUCCAAUUGAAACUUCAACAACAAAAAAAGGAAUCUGAGGAAGAUUCUAGAUGGCUUGCUGAAGAGGAAAGCCAUUUUACACCUUUUCCCGUAUCUCAAAAAGGUCCAUCUUGUAGUAACCCCUCUGAAUUUUCCAAUAUUGAUAUAAUUCAUGCAGGAAAAGAAUGUCGUCCUUAUCAGGGUGCUAAAUCAAGUUCAUUAAAUGAAGUUCCUAAUUCUGAAGACACUAAUGGCCAGAUUUGUGGUUCUCCAAAAGCAUCUUGUAAUUUUAGACAAAUGGCUACAGCUGAGUUUGAUCGAACGGGUGAUGCUGUUUAUGAAAAUACUACUAAUGUUGUUCGAGCUGUGAUGAGUUUGUCAAAAGGAGUCCAGCUCGGAAAAGUCACUGAAUAUGUAAAUUUAGUUCAGCAAGUUGGUCUUGAUUUAAGAGAUCUCUUAGCUGCAGUUGAUGCUAUAAUCUUGAAUUUUCCUGUCUGGUAUCACAGAGAGAUUCAAAUGGCACAUAAAGUUUUAAGUAAAGACAUGGCUUCCUUGAUGGAAUCAAUGCAGCAAGCUCUGAAGUACUGCAGGACAACUCUCGAUAAUGAUUAUCGUAAAGGAAUGUUGUCUGCUGCACAUGUGUUAGCUAUGGAUGCUAAGAAUCUACUUGAUGCUGUUGAUAAUGUUAAAAUGCGAAUUAACUAUGUGAACGAUGUGACUAACCAAGAUUUAUGUCAUAUUACUACUAAAGCUGCAUCUUCAAUCCAUAAUUCUCGCCCACUUAGUUGCAUUGCUUGUCCAACUUCAUCUGUGAUUUCAAUUUCACAACCAUCAUUGCUAAGUUCUCAGUUAGCGCAACCAAACAGUUCAACUUCAGUUGACUCAACUGAGAAUUUUAGAUCAUCUGCUGCACAUAAACUAUUUCCUGAAGAAGCAAAUGAUAGUGGAUAUGAUAUUAGCUGAAAAUGAAAGUUUUUUUUAAUUUUUUCAGGUUUGUAAAACAUUCGAUUCUAUUUAGUAUUAAACCAUUUUAAAAUUACGUCCAUUUAUUAACUUCAACUGAACAUCAUUGUAAAGUAUACUUUAUUUUAAAUUAUUGUUGAACUUUCUAAUCAUCUAUCAUUAUCAUGUAAAUGGAGUUGUGAAUGAUUCAUUUUUUUAAAGAAAAUCUUUAGUUAAAUGAGUAUAGCUUGACUUCGUAAAGUAGUAUAAAUUCAUUUUUAAAAAGAACAUCUGCACUAAGUUUUUAGUUUUAUUUACUAUGAACUUUGAUUUUCUUACAGUUUUGUAAUAUAACUGCAUUUUCCCCUUCACAUGAUUAAGUGAAAAUUAAAGUUAUGAUAUUGGAUCAUUUGAGUUAGGCUUUAAACAAAGCGUACCUUUAGGUAAAAGAGAGAGAGAGAGUAGUCGACAUUGUGUGUAUGAAAAAAGAAAUCCUUCAUAUAACAGGCACAAGCAUUUAUUUUUAUAUUUAAGAAGUUCAGAAUAUAGCAUAUGUUUAUUUUUACACAAAAAUAUUGCUUAGCAUUAUAAAUCAGUUUUUAAUAUAUAGGGGAAUGUAAGGCAAAGUGAAAUAGUUAAAAUAACUUACCUUUUUGGCAGUGAUUAAAUUGGAAACUUGUUUUGAAAAUUCUAGUACACAAAGAAAAAAUGUUUUUUAAUAAAACAUGACAUGAAACAUUUUUAUUUUUGGCAGUAAAUUUGUACCUUCAAAAAAAGGUAAAAAAUGGGACAAAGUAAAAAAUGAAAUGUUUUUCUAAUGAUAUAUUUUCUAUUUGAUUAUAAAAAUAUUUUUGAUCAAUUGAAUGAUUAAGUGAAGGAAUGAAUGAAUUCAUAAAUAGACAAUGAAGCAAUUAAGGAUUAAAUAAAUAAAUUAAUGUAUAAGAAAAAUGCAUGAAAGUGGUGAAUGAGUAAGAAAAUAAGUAAAUUAUUGAAUGUGAAGGAAUAUGAAUAAACUAAGUAAUAAAUAAAUGCGUUAGUGAUUUAAUAAAUAAUUGAAUAAAUAAGCAAAAUAGACUAUUUUACUUUGUCCUGCAUGCACUUGAUUAAUUGUACAACACAAAAGUACACAUUUUAAAUAAAAAUAAGCAUUAUCUUUACUAACAAUAAAGCUGAAAGUCUGUCUCUGGAUGUCUGGAUUUCUGUUACGUGCAUAGCGCCUGGAUCGUUCGGUGGAUUUUCAUGAAAUUCGGCACAGAAUUAGUAUGUAGCAUAGGAGUGAGCAUCUUGAAACGCUUUUUCAAAAAUUCGAUUUUGUUCUUUUUCUAUUCUAAUUUUAAGCCUAUUUUAUCAAGCAAAUUACCAUUACAUAUUUCCGAGAAAUUCAUCAUGCAUUUUUUAUAAAUAUACGGGUAAACCAAUUGACCUUUUAAGUUUCUACUACAAGCAAAGACAUGCGGGUACCGCUGGUAUUAAUUAAAUACUGAAUCGAAUACUAGUAGAUCUCAAUAUUUAAAAUGUUAGUUACAAGAAUUUUAUCAUUUCGUAAUAACAAAAAUAAUUUUUGACUAAUAACAAAACAAAAUAUUAAAAUAUGAGUAUAAUUUUAAAAAAUUUGAUCCUCAAAGGUAACUUUUUCCAACUGGAAUCGAGCACAUGUGUUAUUACAUAGUUAAAAUGUUACCAGAUAGGCGGCACUAAAAACAGUAAAUAUGGGGUGUCCGAAAAGUCCUAGACACAUUUGAAAAAUU